AAACGGAACAACACGAUCAUUCGGUACGGCAGUCGUAAGUGAACCUCGCGACACACACGGUUGGGUAUUCGCUUUCGGUGCUCGCUGUACACGCUGCUCGUACCGGAGCCGCUCGACGUUUGUCGCAUCCAUCCUCCAGAUUCUGACGUUGUGUCGUUCGUAUACGGUGCAUGUGUGUGCGUGCGUAUGUGUCAGAGAGUGGGACACUGGCGCAGGGCCAGUAGGAUCCACCGAUAUAAAAGAUCUGCGGUCACGCGGACCGCGAGGCUACUCGUUUGCUCAUCGUCGUCCAAGUGCAGUGAGCGGAUAGCGAGCACGAUUUUGCUUUCGCGUGUUAUGAACUUGUCUCGGUGAAAACGGUGCCCGAAUCGUGGCGCGGAUCGAACGGAAAGACUCUACCGGAACGAGGAUACAUGUGCUUGAAUCGCGUACAUUCUUCAGAUCGCAGAGUAACAGGCCGCGUAUUAACACGGAGAAACAAGACGGGCACGAGUGGACGGAUACUUAGAAUAUCACGAUGCAGAAAAGAAUUCGAGUUCAGAAUCUCCUGCUAAUUGCAGCAGCGUUAGCGACAUGCGUAUCAAUCGUCGCAUCGUCGUCACCCUUGUCGAACAGGGAAAGGAGGCACGUCGGUGUCGAGGAAUCUAGUCAUCGGCCAAACAAAACGCAUCAUACGCCGACGGGCCGGAGUUUCAAAUCGUCGACCAACAGGUACAACGAGAUAACUACGGAACCCGGAAGGAAAGUGACGCACAGACUGAUCGGAGGACACCUGAGAGCGGACGCGAAGCAUGAGAAUGAUGAGACGUUCUGGGACGACGGGAUUCUUCUGUCGUCAGCCGGAAACGGCAAGGAGGGAAAGCCUAAUCGAAAGGACGAUGACGACGAGAAAAAAACGCUGUCGCAGCAAGUGAAAGAGGGGAAGUACGGUUUGAUACAGGAUGAAAUUUAUGAAAAGCAACCGAAACGACCCGGUAUCAUCAGUUAUCUGGGCAAUCCAGAAGUACCAAAGGAUACGAUUAAAAAUCUUGGUGGUCUCGACGAAGAUGAUAUCUGGUUGGCAGAGAACCACGUGCUCGUGUUGAGAGGAGGGAAAUUUCCUGGCCACGAGAGCACGCAAAAGGACGGACAGACUUGGCCACCGAUCGACAAUUACAAAGCUCCGAGAAGACAGGUCAAGAUACCAUCGAGGCCGAAGAUACCGCCGCCCUUUCCGGUACAGCUCACGGAGGGUGGUCCCGUACAGAUCAUCGGGACGAACGGUACCAAGGAUAUCGUUAACGGGUCGGUCGACAACAAGAAAGACCCGUUGCUUACGAAAGGAUUGUUACCAGAAGAUGGUCCGCUCUUCGCCGUUAUAUCCAACGGAACGAUCCUGACGUCCGACCAGAAGAACGCGAGUUCGAACGAAGAAAAGCCAGAAUCUCUGCCACCAGGAAAUUUUCCACCGUUCUAUCACGCGAUACCACCAGGCGCGGUGUUUGUACCACCGCCUGUUAAUCUGUCGGAUUACGACGAAGAGGAUCAGUCGAUUUAUUAUCCACCGCCGUACAGCUUUCAGUACCAACAAGACAACACCACCGCGGUGCCACCUGGUCCUCUGGUCCCAGGUAUCAUCCUCCCACCUCCGCCCGAUUUCUUUUCCCCUCUCGAGGAUAAGAAAUCUACUACGAAGAAGUACACGAAGCGUCCAGGAACCACAACUUCCCCAAGACCCAGGCCUACUUACUUGCCACCAAGAAAACUAACCACGAAGCAGUUCAAGAGUACAACCACCGUGCCAACCACUAAAUCGAGAUCGUCGAUCAGUUUGACGACCAAUACCAAAGGGUACGGUAGGACGUCGUAUAAGAAUUUAACGGACGCUUCUACGCCCAGAAUGAAAACUAAGCUUUAUAUAGAGGUGACGACACCAAAGUCGGAUAAACCUACGACCCUUGAUAACGCUGAGCUUUACAGCGUCAGUCCUGCGAUAGAGAAUCAAGUGACCAAUCAAGAGAACGUUCAAGAAAAGAAACAAGCAUGGCCAGGAUUGGUGAGUAAAACGAAUCCUAUACUGGCUUACUAUGCCACGACGACGCAAUCCACCUUGGAAAGACCAGUGGAGGUAACGCCAGCCACAGUAAAGAAUAUCGUUACUACAGACACUCCGGUACGAUCUAAUAGCCAAGCAUCCUACUACUUUUACGAAGAAUCGAACGACGAACCGAUCGGCACCACCGCCAAUCCGUCUUCGUUCUAUUACAAAACAACAACGGAAUCGCCGUUCUACGAGACGGUAACCAGGCCACGUUUGGAAGACAAGAAGAAACAAUACUAUAGCGUAGAGACAAUUCCGUCGCAAGAAACCUCGAAGGACUACAGUAUUAAAUUUAUCGGUUCGCUGGUGAAAAACUCUGGUCCCGUUCGCUACACCGACUCGACAGUCACGCGAACAUCGUCCAACUAUGAAACGAGUGGCUCGGCCAGAACUCAGGGUCAACGUAUGUUACCUGAUCACGCGCCUCUCUAUUAUCAGACGAUAUCCGCUCGUCCAGCCGUGCCGGUGCAACCUUAUUACACCACUGCUAAGCCGCCGCAGACCUAUUACAGGCAAGAGACGAAACCGAAGCCGAUCUAUCAGUACAGCUUCGAGGCAGCUGAUUACUCGAAGCGCGGCGAUCAUCAGAGAAGCAGGUACCAACAGCACCGCCAGCAAACCAAUACCUACGAAGAAUAUCCAAACGUUAAAGUGAGCAAGAUCGGCUACGAUGAUCAUCGAAAUGAUUAUCAACAGGAUGAAUCGGUGGUCGAGAAACGGGUCAGACCAGAAAGCGUACCGUACAAAUCUCAACAACCGAUAUACACGCCGACCAGUCAUUCGCUGAUCAGUACAACGCCGAAUCCUCAUCACGUUUAUUACACUCAACAAGACGACAAGUUCCUGGACGAAGUAACGAAAGAAUACUUCACGAUGUUCGGCAAGAAGAUAGCCCAUAAGAACUUACCGAGCACCACGCCCAUAUACCCGAAAUCGAACAGUGUCACGGAACGUCCGGAUUACAAUACGAACACUUACGUGGAGAACAAUUACAACACUGCCGAAGCACCAAUCUAUAAGACACCCAACGUGAAAGUACAUUACGGUGAUCAAUCGCAGAGACCGUAUUCCCUCAAGGAUGAUAUUCUCGUCAAUUACAGGCAACCCCUUCCCCCUAUCGAACCGGACAGCGAAUUCAUCGCGGUGAUAGAUCCCAGUCAACAACCACCGAACUACAGAUUGGCCGGUAGAGAGGAUCAACCUUUCGCGUCAAUCCGUGCUUAUCCCCCUCAACAACUGGUGAAUACCAGGAACGAUGCGUCCACGAAUUAUGUGCCUAUCGUGGAGUCACCAGAGGAGAUCGACGAGCCAUAUGAGCAGCUACCGAUAUCCCUGGCGGACGAUAUCAAAGUGAACUAUCGCGAUCCGCGACCUACUAUCAAUCCGGACGCGGAAUUCAUCGAUCCACUGCCGGUGCGGGACAGCCAAGAGGAAAAGCAAGCAAAGGCCUACUUCGCGUACAGAUUGCCAGGCGAUGGUGGACACUUUUAUUUCCUAACGCCUCAGGCGAUCACGCAGAGGCCGGAACAGAACGGCAGACACCUAUACUCGAAAUCGAGGGGAACGAGACUGCUGAGACGUCGACGGUGGCCGGCCAAUGUCUGAUAGCAUUGGCUGGAUUAGGUGCGAUGCCAUAAUAAUAAAUCGUCGGGGAAUGCACGAUCGAAAUUUCGUGUCGCAAGCACACGAAUCGCGACCUACCGUUUAUAGGAUGUAUUUAUUAUAAUAUUUACGUGUAAAUAAUAUACGCCACGACUUUAGAAUGUAGAUGACUAUCGACGCCUUAUUUCACUGUAUCGGAUGCUUAAUUUAUGCGACUUAACUCUCCCGCUUGUUAUAGAUUGAUACAGAUGCGAUACACGAUGCUCGCGUGCGACCAAAGGUACGCGAUUGUUCAACGAGCGAACGAUCGUCGCGUACUCGCCCGUUGUCUGUGAUUAAUGAACGAAGUAAACACGUACCGUGUAUAUAGUUUGCGAUUAUUGCGUUAAGAAAUCAAUCGUAGAGCGCAAAAUACGUCUUUCUUUCUUUCAUAAAACGUUAUUCAAGUAUUUUAUGUUCAUUCCCGCAUGAUAUUUUAUACGUUCGUUGCGAAAUCAUUCAAGAAACUGUAAAUACGUGUGCGAACAAUUUUAUAUGUAACAUGACGUAACUAUAUGUAACGUUAUUUAAUUGAUGGUAUUAUUAUCGUAGAGUUAAAAUUAGAAUGUAAAAGAUAGAUGUUUUCAACAAAUAUAUGACUUGCGAUUAUUUAAGUUUGAAAAUAAAUAUUUUGAAAAUAAAGAAACUUGGAGAGAA